GCCUGGAAGGUGGAGCAGGCUCAGUUUGCACGAGCUGCCUUCUCCACAACAGGAGCGCAAACGCUUGCCCAGCUGGACUGAGUGAGCUGAACACAAGUUGCCUUUAGGAAUGGCUAGAAAAGCCCUCACCUGGAAAUCACUCUCUCCCUGCUCCUCCACAGCAGGUUGCAUUUGGGAGGCUCUCAUCAUCAGAGGAAUGAGCCGGGAGUAAGCAACUAACCAGCUCCCAGCACUUGGUGGAAGGCAGCAGGCGAGGAUGGACGUGGUUGACAGCCUUCUUGUGAAUGGAAGCAACAUCACUCUUCCCUGUGAACUCAGGCUCGAGAAUGAGACGUUUUUCUGCUUGGAUCAGCCCAAUCCUUCCAAAGAGUGGCAGCCGGCCGUGCAGAUCUCCCUGUACUCCUUGAUAUUUCUGCUCAGCGUGCUGGGCAACACGCUGGUCAUCACGGUGCUGAUUCGGAACAAGAGGAUGAGGACCGUCACCAACAUCUUCCUGCUCUCGCUGGCCGUCAGCGACCUCAUGCUCUGCCUCUUCUGCAUGCCGUUCAACCUUAUCCCCAACCUGCUCAAGGAUUUCAUCUUCGGGAGUGCCGUCUGCAAGACCACCACCUACUUCAUGGGCACCUCUGUGAGUGUAUCCACCUUUAAUCUGGUGGCCAUAUCUCUGGAGAGAUACGGCGCGAUUUGCAAACCUUUACAGUCCCGGGUCUGGCAAACAAAAUCCCACGCUCUGAAGGUGAUCGCUGCUACCUGGUGCCUCUCCUUCACCAUCAUGACGCCUUACCCCAUUUAUAGCAACCUGGUGCCUUACACCAAAAACAACAACCAGACCGCAAAUAUGUGCCGCUUUCUACUGCCGAAUGAUGUUAUGCAGCAGUCUUGGCACACGUUCCUGUUACUCAUUCUCUUUCUCAUUCCUGGAAUUGUGAUGAUGGUGGCAUAUGGACUAAUCUCUUUGGAACUCUACCAAGGAAUAAAGUUUGAUGCUAGCCAGAAGAAAUCUGUUAAAGAGAGGAAAGCGAGCACGGGCAGCAGCGGCAGGCCGGAGGACAGCGACGGCUGCUACCUGCAGAGGCCGCGCGGGCGGCUGGAGCUGCAGCAGCUGUCGGGCAGGCCGGGCCGCAUCCGCAGCAGCAGCUCGGCGGCCAACCUGGCGGCCAAGAAGCGCGUGGUGCGCAUGCUCAUCGUCAUCGUGGUGCUCUUCUUCCUGUGCUGGAUGCCCAUCUUCAGCGCCAACGCCUGGCGGGCCUACGACCCCGGCUCGGCCGAGCGCCGCCUGUCGGGGACGCCCAUCUCCUUCAUCCUGCUGCUGUCCUACAGCUCGGCCUGCGUCAACCCCAUCAUCUACUCGACGACGGCCGGACCACGGGCGCGUCCCUGUCGCGCUACUCCUACAGCCACGUGGGCUGCGCGCCUGCGCCCUGAGCGCGCUGCAGACCAGCGGGGCCGAGGCGGGAAAGAGGUAAGGCAGACACCGGAAGCGGAAGUGAAGGACCGGGAGGCGCCACUUCCGGGGGAGCUCUGCAGGGCCUGCUUUCCAGCCUUCGCCCGGCGCCUGCAGGGGCGUGCGAGGGUGGCCCCGUGGCCGGGCUUCGAGGUGGUUCAGGUCAUGUCGGGAGUCCUAGGCAGGCCCGGGACAGCGUUUGCAGGAGUCACUCUGCACACGGCACUGCUGAGCAGUGCUCGAAACGGGGCCGUGGACCUUAUUGAGCUAGAAGGUUCUAGAACAUCCCGGAUGGGCUGUCACUCCUUUAAGAGUCAUCGUCUUAAUGCCAAGAAAAUGGGAAGAAUUAAUGCAAGGCAAGUUUGCAGCUGGGCCAAGAAGAAUGAGAGACACACGGAGAAGAUCUGGACCUCACCUGCAGCCUGGAGCCAAGCCCAGCAGAGCCUCGCACAGCUCUGCUGCACCCACCUUGACCAAUGUUCCAGGCUCGGAUGGGCAGCUUCUCUUCCUGUCACCGGCCCUGGCUUGGGAGGCUUUGAGACCUUGGGAAGCAACAGAAGCCUCAAUAAAGGUUCCAACAGCUACUUUCUAGUAGCCACUUUGGACGGCGGUCACAGGUCACAGGAUCAACCAGUAAAGUCACCUUGGAGCCCCUUCAUGGCCAUCUUCCACUUCGCAGACGAGGCGGCAGCCAGCGAGGAGUGUAGCUGGCAGGAGAAGCAGGAGUGA